ACUUCGCUCUCUCUCUUCGCUUUGCGGAAUAUCUCUUUGCCUCAUCAUGACUCUGGAAGAAGUUCAGGUCCAGGCCGCGUCCCCCUGCACCGGCCAGGCGCUGGUGGACGUGCUGGAGACCGCCCAAGACAACGACUGCCUCACCGUGGGCGUGUACGAGUGCGCCAAAGUCAUGAACCUAGACCCGGACAGCGUGUCCUUCUGCGUCCUGGCCAUGGACGAGCAGUUCCAGUGGGACGUGGCUCUGCAGAUCCACUUCACUCUCAUCCAGUCCUUCUGCUUCGACAACGACAUCAGCAUCGUGCGCGUGAGCGACCGCCAGCGUCUGCACGAGCUGGUGGGGCGCAAAGACGAGGAGGCGCACUGCGUCCUGAUCACGGGGCCGUGCGAGGGCUCGUGGGACGACCCGUCUCUGGAGAAGCUGCGCGUGUUCUGUGAGGAGAGCCGCGCCCUCAACGACUGGCUGCCCGAGAUCAGCCUGCCCGCGCGCUGA